CAGCUGGGCCCGGGAGAGAACAGCUGCCUCUGCUGGUGCCAGCAGCAAGAUGCUGUGUACCCCUCUGCAGAGUACAAGGCCUUUCUGCACCUCCGCCUCCUCUCUCUAGGCCUCUAGUGCCAGACUUUGGAUGCCCAGGCUCCAAGGCAGUGAUCAGCCCGCCCAAGGUCACACUGCCCUCAGUGUACCAGGCUUCCUUAGAAAACAGAAGAGUGGAUGUGUAGCUUUCCAAGGCCCCUCCUGGGACUCUCAGCAGCUGAGGGCAGAUGCCUUGCUUCUGCAUGGGGCCAGAAACCUUGGCCAGCUGCCCCUACAAUGGUGACCUCCAGAGCCUCGAUUUCCUCCUUUGAAGAGUGAGCCCCUUGAUCCCUGGUUAAUGAGCUCUAUGCUCCUUGGCACAACCAGACAGGUUGCAACUGGAAGAGCCCUGUGUGACUCACAGGCCUGGCAUAGAGUGGGCAUGGCACGCCCUCAGCUUCCUCUGCCUCUCAGCCUCUCCCACCACCUCCCCAACCUUCGGCCACCCCCUGGGGAACUCAGAGUGAAACCUCCAAGCCACUCCAAGCCAAAUGCGAGCCUCCAGGCCUUUGAUGGAAUCAUUAGCCACCCGGAAGGGCUACCUCAGUGUUCACUGGGUGGACUGACUGAAGACCUACUGUGUGCUAGGCAGGCUCCUGGGACACAGCAAGGCACAAGAAUCCCUGCCUUCAUUGGCAGAAGGCGGACAUAAACAAAGACCAUGCCAGUCUCUACUAUAACAGAAAGAUAAAAGGGGGCAUUUUCAGAAAUUGACUUGCGGAAUGGACGCCUUCUCUAGAAGGCGGUCAGGGAAGGCUUCUUGGAGCUGAGACUCUGGCUGUGAAGAAGCUGGGGGAAGAGCCUUCCAGAAGGACAAGGACAGCAGAGGUGCUGGGGUGGGGAAGGGUGAGGAGGCCAGUAGGCUGGAACCUGGGGCGGGGCAGGGGUGAUGGGCUGGGGUGACCCGUUCCCCUCUGGGCAGGCUGUGCUGAGGACCGAGGCCGGCCGGGCUUUGGCAUCUCUCCGGUUUAUUAUGAUGGGAAGGUGGGGGAGCAGGGGAGUGGGGAGGGAUGUGGUCUGAUUUAUGGUUUGGAAGGAUCGCUCUGGCUGCGGCAAGCAUCGGGGAUUGGAGGGGCUCGGGCAGAGGGAGGGAGGGCAGGGAGGGGGCGACUGCAGUGGUCCAGGCGCUGGGAGGAGGGGCGCUGCAACGCUCAGCGCUCUCUACCUCUGCUCUCCACACACCCAGCUCAGCCUCUGCCUACUCCGCCUCCUGGGGCCACCCUCCUCCCUCUCCCGACCCCCUGCCUGGCCCCCUCACUUGGGGCCUUAGCUGCCUGUGGCACUGAGAGCAGCUGAAGUCCCCAGUGUCACCCUGCCGAGGGCCUGGCCUGCAGGAGGCUUCCAGUAAAGUGGGCCCACUGAAUCCGGGAGCCCCACCUUCGGGGCUGUGUACACAGCCACAUGCACGCCCCUCACACACAUGUCUGCCCAGACGUGCACACAGGGCCUGGGAGGUCAAGGUGGGCCCUGGAGGGGCUGGAGCACUCCGGAGCUAAGGACAGUGGAGGUGGCUCCUCCCUGGGGGUGUGUGGCCUCUGAAGGCUUCAGGGUAAUAACCACCCUGAGGAGACCCUGAGGUCGGCCCCUCUGCCCCUCGAAGGCCAGGAGGGAAGGGAGAGGCGGGAGUCCCAGCAUCCCACCUUUGUCUGCUUGGUCCCAGGGGGUUCUGGGAUCAAGGCUGGGGACUGUGGUCCCCAGGAUCCCUCAGAGAACCAGUUCCAUCCUCUUCCUGGCCGUUUGAGCUCUUGGCAGGGCAGAAGACAGAAUAGGGCGGAAGCGCGCUCUGGAAAGUGGGAAGAGUGGGUGUGGGGAGACCCAAGGCGGGAUUCAGGCUUUGGAACGUUGGAGGUUUCCGGCCACAGAGCCAAGGCCUCCGGGGAGCCAAAGGGGCGGGGAGCCACACACACACACACACAGAGGACCGGCGGGCUGGAGCGCGGGAGGGGAGGCACAGAAGAGAGACAGAGGCGGGAACCAGGGGCGAGUGAUCGGUACCAGCCUGGGACACUCGCCAGUCCCCGAGAUCCCAGCCCCACCUGGCAUUCUGACACCUGAGACCUUGGGUUGCCAGAGCCCGGCCUGAUGCAGGCAGCAUGGGUUUUCGGGGCCCUGGUGGUCCCCCAGCUCUUGGGCUUUGCCCACGGUGCGCAGGGAACAGAGAGGGAGUGGGAGGGGGGCUGGGGCGGCGCCCUGGAGGAGGAGCAGGCGAGGGAGGCCCUGAUGCUGAAGCAUCUGCAGGAGGCCCUGGGACUGGAGGCUGCCAGGGGGGGAGAGAAUCCUGCCCGAACUUUUGAAGCCAAAGGGGCCUGGGCAACUGAGGAGGACCAGGGGGAAGAAGAGGAGGAAGCAAUCCCAACUGCCUCCCCCAGCCCCAGCCCCUCUCCCACGCCCGAGGACCCCAUCACUUAUAUCUUGGGCCGCCUCGCCGGCCUGGACGCAGGCCUGCACCAGCUGCACGUCCGUCUGCACGCGUUGGACACCCGCGUGGUCCAGCUGACCCAGGGGCUGCGGCAGCUGCGGGAGGCGGCGCGCGACACCCGCGACACCGUGGAAGCCCUACAGGAGGCGCAGGGCCGCGCAGAGCGCCUGCACGGCCGCCUGGAGGGCUGCCUGAAGGGGCUUCGCCUGGGCCACAAGUGCUUCCUGCUCUCGCGAGACUUCGAGGUUCAGGCGGCGGCGCAGGCGCGGUGCGCGGCGCGGGGCGGGAGCUUGGCGCAACCGGCCGAUCGCCAGCAGAUGGAGGCUCUCACCCGCUACCUGCGCGCGGCGCUCGCUCCCUACAACUGGCCGGUGUGGCUGGGCGUGCACGACCGGCGCGCGGAGGGGCUCUACCUCUUCGAGAACGGCCAGCGCGUGUCCUUCUUCGCCUGGCACCGCGCGCCCAGCCCCGAGCCAGGCUCCCACCCCAGCUCCGCGCCGCACCCGCUCAGCCCCAACCAGCCCAACGGCGGCGCGCUGGAGAACUGCGUGGCGCAGGCCUCGGACGACGGCUCCUGGUGGGACCACGACUGCGAGCGGCGCCUCUACUACGUCUGCGAGUUCCCCUUCUAGCGGGCGGCCUCUGCCUGCUCCGUGCACCUUCCAUAGCGCCCCUCUCCCAGGCCCGCCGUGGGAGUGCACCCCGUCCCCGCCUGGCUGGGCGCUCCUGUGAGGGUCUGGCGGGACCAGGACCCCUUCCAUGCUCCUGCCUUUCUUGGAGCCCCAGAAUUAGAAUGAUGAAGGACACAUGCACACUCUGUUCUGCACUCUGUCCUAAAUACACUCUGCACGCCCUGUG